CAGCUAUUCGGUCGCAGCUCAGGCAGGGCGACGAGAGGAAAAGAAACAGCAGAGGGAAGUGCAGCGGGGAAACUUAUUUGCCUGUGAAUCAAAAGACUUUUGUUGACCAGAGCUGCAGUGAGCGACGUUUGAACAAAAAAGAAAAAGAAAGAAAAGAAGACAGAGGGAGAGGGAGAGGCGUAUUUACAGGAGGACCACAUCCCUCUCAUGCACUCAAUCACCUGGACGCUCUGCGGCAGACAGACGUUCGCUCAUCAGACACUCUGCGCCCGGUCGCAAAUACAAUCAAACACUUGGGAGGACAUGAAGACCGGCAAGAGAUCCUUCAUAGCUUUCAUCAAGGAGAGAAAAAUGGGGUUGAAUGACUUCAUCCAGAAGCUGGUGUCUACCCCACAUAUCUGCCAACACGUUGAAGUUGCCAACUUCCUGAAGAUCGAUGAGAUUCAAAACGAGGAGGGCGAAGAUGACCAACUUCCUGACAGUCUGAUGUGCCUAAAUUCACGAAGUUCACUGGCUGAGGACACUCAGAUCAAGCCCUGUGAUUUUGACUACCUCAAAAUCAUCGGCAAAGGCAGCUUUGGAAAGGUUCUGCUGGCUCGGCACAAGGAGUCCGCCAAAUAUUACGCAGUCAAAGUGCUGCAGAAGAAAAUCAUCAUGAAGAAGAAAGAGCAAAAGCAUAUCAUGGCUGAGCGCAGCGUGCUGAUGAAGAACAUCAAGCAUCCCUUCCUGGUGGGGCUGCACUUCUCCUUCCAGACCACCGACAAGCUGUACUUCGUACUGGACUACGUCAACGGUGGGGAGCUGUUCUACCAUCUCCAGAGAGAGAGGAUCUUCCUGGAGCCCAGAGCCAGGUUCUACGCUGCUGAAAUCGCAAGUGCACUUGGCUACCUCCACUCCCUGCACAUUGUGUACAGGGACCUGAAGCCUGAAAACAUCCUGUUGGACUCACAGGGACAUAUUGUCCUCACAGACUUUGGCCUCUGCAAAGAAGGCCUCACAGACAACGGCACGACGACAACCUUCUGCGGGACGCCAGAGUACCUGGCCCCUGAGGUUCUCCAGAAGCAGGCGUACGACCGCACGGUGGACUGGUGGUGUCUGGGAUCGGUGCUCUACGAGAUGCUCUACGGACUUCCCCCGUUCUACAGUCGCAACACAGCCGAGAUGUACAACAACAUCCUGCACAAGUCUCCCGUGCUCAAGCCCAACGUGUCGAACGCAGGCCGGGAGCUGCUGGAGGGGCUCCUGCAGAAGGACCGCACCAAGAGGCUGGGGGUCAAGGAUGACUUUCUUGAACUCAAGUUCCACUCCUUCUUCUCGCCGAUCAACUGGGAGGACCUGAUGGCCAAGAAGAUCACGCCUCCAUUCAUCCCCUCAGUGAGCGGCCCCACAGACCUGCGACACUUCGACCCGGAGUUCACCCACCUGCCCGUCUCCUCCUCUCUGUGCAACGACUCGCUGACCGUGUCGAGCAGCGUCAAGGAGGCGGCUGGAGCGUUCCCGGGCUUCUCCUACGGCCCUCCGGCGGGCCACUCCUUCAUGUGAGCGCCGGCAGCUCUGCCUGGGAACUCACAAGAGACGGGACACAAGUUGGAUUGAGAGUCGUAUUUGUUUUUGACAGAGGGACCACACAGGAGAAGCCAGUUAUAUAUAUAUAUUUUUUUUUUUUUUUGGGGAGGGGGGGUGGUUUAAGUUGCAGAGCCUGAUAAGAGGAUCUAAUGGACAUGAAUACCAAUGGGGGGGCAGAUCUUGAGGGAUCUGAGCAUGAGAAGUGUGCAGAGGGAGACUCUCAUGUCACGCCAUCACCGGUCCUACUCUUCUGCCUCAGCCGCCCACGACUAUAAUACAUGUGUGCCAAGUGUGGAUGCACUCUGGGUUCAUCAAACAUCAAUCUCACAGCUACUGGUGAGGUGAAGAGAAGUGCCUGAGGUUCCAAAAAGGCAGUUUGGGCGGCGGCGGCAGCAGCAGCGGCGGCGUUUUGGCGAGAGCCGGCUUUAUCAACAACCACAAUAACUUAUUGGGACUUUUGACCGGGGUGCUAGCUGUUAAGGUUGAUGCCUUCAUUACAUGUCUGCGUAUGUUACAAAAGACUUUAUUAUUUCGUGUCCAAUGCUCAAUUGCACUGAAGGAAACAAGGGUCAAGAAAAGUGAGACAUUCCGCUUUUAAAGCAUCAGCACCUUUGGAUUAGACUGCUUCAUAUCUUUCCGCUCCUUGGUACAUAUCUCCGCUUUGGACGAGGGAAGAGUGGCAUUUCAAUAUUUGACGCCAAUAAGUGAGACUUGGACCAAACGGUAGGCUGUGGCACGCUUUAACGCAAACUCUUUUUCUGACCGGUUUGUCCUCAGAUAGUGAAGAUCAAAGUUUUACUGUACUGUGUUGAAGAAAAGUUGCAUAUAUUUUAUUGCAAAAGCAAACUGUUCUCCUUGUUUUAAUAACUUACAAACAUUCACUCUUUACUUCUCAGAAAGUUCUGCAAAUAUUGGUCUCUCUCUCUCUCUCUCUCUCUCUCUCUCUCUCUCUCUCUCUCUCUUAAUGAGUGCGAAACAGAGUUCAACCAGCGAUAGCAUUUACUGUAUAUCAAACUCCUUCUAAAUUCAAGUGAUUGCUGUUUUAAGGCAAACACAACAGAAUCUGUGAUUACAAAUGUUUUCUUUUUUUUGUAUUUAUGCAUCAUGUAGUGAGGAACUGUGAAUGUCUUGUGCCUGUCCAAGGCGGCCUGAUCCAUAUUUACUGUAUGUACAUAUCUCUUUUCCCCAAACACCUAUGUCCCUUAUCUAGAGAAUAAUGUGUAGAAAGAACGUGAUUCAUUAACUUGACAAAAAGAACCACUAGGUGGCACAGGCGCUGGCUUUUCCCCAUCAGUGUUAAGCCACUGGCCUACUGCAUUAUGUUUCUGGAAAGUGCAAUAAAACUCCAAAAGAAUAAUGAUCAUUUAAUUAAUCUCUUUUAGCAGAUGUGUUAGUUGUAAUUUAUGAUCUGAUAUCCAUUAAGGUAUUAAGAGAGUAUCUUCACUCAGAGAUUGUUUUCAUGACUUUGUUUUGCUGCAAUGAGUCUCUACAUUUUAGGCGUUUGUAUAGAGUGGAUUUUCAAGCCUGCUGAAAGUUUAAAAAAAAGAAAUACAAAAAUAAGGCAACACACAGUUCUAGAUCAUUUCUUCCAUAUUUGGAAGCAUAACUUUUCUGUUUUGUAUUUUUAUGUAUAUUUAUUUUCAUGCCACUGCUACUGUGUAAAAGAAGAUAAUUUACAUGAUCAACUGAAAUAUUGAAUUGUGUAAUCUGUGUCAGAAAUGGCAAAUAAAUUCUCUAAAAUCAA